AUGGCUGAGCUGGCUUUUCCGAGUACUAAUGAGAUAAUAAAUCAAUCUCCAUAUUACGAAAUGGAAACGCGCAGCUCGCUAUUUCUUCAAAUUGAUCAAAUUAUCAAACUUUCAGAAAAUAAACAACAUUCCAUGUUUAAAAUCGCGAUGGCACAUUUCAAGAAAUAUAUUCAAGAUACGUAUCGCGCGAAAACACUCGUAAAUGAAGAAAGAUUCUAUUUCAAUGAAUUAUUUUAUUCAAUUUCAUUGAAUAGACUCAAUGGAAAUGUUAGUCAUUACUUAAUGUUUAUCGAUGCCAUAAUAUCAGUUGAUUUAUCUUCGAAACAAGCAAAAGCAGUUAGAAUUGCCAGAGAUUUACUCGAAAUUCCUCCAACUACCGAUGAAUACCCAUGGGAAAUUCUCGAAAAAGCACUCGUCUGGAUAUACAAAUACGCAGGAAAUUCAUUAGAAAGCAUUAUUUCGAAAUUUAGAUUAAAAAUAUUUGAAUGGACGAUUUCAUACAAGAGCGAAUCGAAAAUUUCCGCAUUAAAUCUCAUCAACAUAUUCUUUCGAAACUUUCCUAAUGCUUUAAUCUCUAAUAUGGAGCAAGUUCAGUCUUCAAUUUUAUCAUCAUUGCAACAUGAAGAUAAACAAGUACGUGCAGCAGGCUGUCAUACAUUAGAAAUCGCUCUUACACUCUCAGAAUCAUCACAACAGAUUCAUAUUCAAACAUUAUGCGUUACAAUUUCAUCAUAUUUAGUUACAAGCCAAGAUCCUCAAUUUUCAGGCUUUGUUGAUGCUGUACGUUCCGUAAUAGAUGCUGCUCCUCGUUUUGCAUCCGUCUUUACCUUUGCUGAUCCUCCAUUACAUUUAAUAUCAGUAGAUAAACCAACGAAUGCUUCAUUAGAACUUGUAUCUCUCGCAUACCGAUGCACUCCAAAGUUAUUUAAGUACGAACACAUUACACAAAUGCUUACAUUAUACAAAAAAUUUAUUGCAAAGAAAUCUCCAUCGAGAUUAUGCGCAUUACGUACAUUGGGUGAGUUCUCAUUCCUUGCCUCCAACAGAUUGCACACACUGCAUUCAGAAGCCGUUCAAAAUUUAUUACAAAUUAUUUGUUCAACGAACACUUCUUCGGAAAGUGCCUAUGCCAUACUCUCAUUACUUAGUCCAGAAGAUCCGAAAUACCAGGAGAGAAUGGCCUCUGUUCUUUCUUUUCCUCCAGAUGAUUUAUUAGUUGAUGGAUAUGUGAAAUACGUUGAAUUAUGGCCCAAACACGCAUCAUCAGUCAAAAUGGAGUUGAUUCCCAAACUAAAUGAGUUCAUCAACACAAAAGAUCCCUCAAAAAUUUUGCUCUCUUUCAAAGCAUUAAAUAACCUUAAAUGUACAAUUGAAGAAAUGACUGUUCGCUUGAUAUUACAGUAUGCCAAUCUACUUAUACAUGCAGACAAGACAGUUAGAAGCUGUAUUAGUGAUUUCCUUUUAUCACAUCAAGACGUGGACAUUGGAAUUCCCGAGAGAUUGAUUGUUUUUGUCUCCGCAGAAACAAAUGAUGAAUUAAAACUCAGAGUUUUGAGAAAAAUACACUUGAAAUCAACAGAAAAACAGUUCGUACCGUUGGUUUACUCUAUGUGCCAUGAUACGAAUAUAGAUAUCUGUAUUUCUGCUAUUAAAGUGCUUUGUAAUCUUUCUGACACUUUACAAAUCCUCUCAAAUUUAGUUAAUGAAUUAUUUACAAAUCUGAAAUUGUCAAAUACAAUUGACAAGUUCUAUAUCAAACAACUACUAACAAUUGUUAAUCUCAAAGGUGUUGAACCCAUCAAAAACAAAGACAAAUUAACAAAUUUGAUUCUUGAAUUUCCAUUCCAAAAUACAGGAAGUUUAAGGUUAUUAAAUUCAUUGAUUAAAAGUGAUGUGAACAUAAAGAACUACAAUCUUUUGAUAAAUCACAUCAAAGCAAACAUAAAACUCCAUUUAAGUCCAAAUAGAUUAAACGCUGUUUUGACUCUUUUGUUGACAUCAAUGGAGAAAACAGAUUUACUUGAUUUUCUGUGGAAAUCUGAUUUGCAAAUUGUUCCUCUUUUGUUUGAAUUGGCACAUAAAAUAGAGGAACAAACAAUUAAAUCAUUGAUCAUUGUAAUAAUAACAAAACUCGGCAUAAUUGAUCCAAAAAUUGUUCAGCCGUUAUUAAAUUCAAAACGUGACACUGUCAAAAAUCCUGCAAACACGUUUAAACCUCUUAGUGAAUCCAUUGAUCCAUUAGUAAGUUUAACAUAUGUUUCUGUAUCAACAGCAUUACCUUUGUUGAUGGAAAUCAUUGGAAAUGACAGUUUAGUUACUUUGCAUCAAUAUGCUGUUGAAGCUUUAUUAACAGUUAUGAAGAACUACAGAUCUAUUGGAGAAGAUUUGAGUAAUCUCAUGGUUUCUUAUAUAAAAGAAUAUCUAUUGAAUGGUGGUCCAUCAACAAUUUCGAUUAUUUUGAAGAAUUUUCCUAAUUUUAUCAUUGUUUUGGGACAAUCUUUUUCCGAUGAAGUCGUGCCUCCAACUGUUGAUGUUAUAUGCAAAUACCGGGGAAGAUUGCCAAGCCAUACAUUACUAAGAGCUACAGAGUGGAUUGCUACUCAACUUCCUGAUGUUUUGGAACCUCAUAUUCAUAGAUUGACAAAAUUGUUUUUGUCAUCGAUAAAAACCGUUCAAAAUGACAUCGCAAAUGACAUUUUCAGUGUUUUCGUGAGUUUGGGAUCACUUGUUUCUAUUGUAGAUUAUUUAGUUAUACCUGCUUUUCUACAAUACAUCGAAUCCCACAUAAUGGAUACAACGAUUUGCGGAGAAAUGAUUGUUAAAUUACAAUCAAUUCUGACUUUUAUCAAAGAUAAUGGAGAUUUCGGACACGAAAUAUUGAAAACAUUGUUGUUAGUUUAUCAGAAUAACCAAGAUUUAAGACAAAGAGUUAUUAAUAUUUUCAUUUGUUUCAUUAUUUUGUUUAGAAACCAUGUUUUGUUUUUACUUCCUGAAAUUACUCAAGUAAUUAAUUUGGAAAGUGACAGAUAUUUAAACAAAAUCUUGGAUUGUUUAAAUACAAACACUGAAAUUCCUUUGGCAUUGAAGAAUAAGUUCGCACCAGAUCCUCCUGCUCCUCAACAAAGACAGUCUUCUCAACAUUUCGCGAUGCCAAGAAAACUGUCAAAUCCAACGAGUUUUUAUACAGAACCAAAUUUCGAAGUACCUUCAAAAGACUGGACAAAGACACAAUGGGAGAAAUGGUACUACGAAACAAUACCUGUGUUUAUAAGGAACUCUCCAAGUCGUGCAAUUUCCGCUUGUUACCAAUUGGCUGAAAAUCAUGCUCAUAUUUGUUCUUCUUUGUUCCCUGUCGCUUUUGCAAUUAAUAUUUUGGAAUCAAAGACAAUAACACUCAGUUUAGAUCUAAUGAAGAACGCUUUGAUAUCUAAUGAUUGUCCUUCUUUCAUCGUCAGAUUGUUUUUGUGUUCGAUUGAAUUACUUGAAAUAUCUGGAGCUCCUCUUCCAGUAAAAUACAAAUUAUUGACGCAUGUUGCAAACAAAAUGAGACAAUAUCAUCAGGCAUUGAGAUAUGCUGAAGCCGCUUUCGAUACUGAUGUAGAAAAACUUUCACAAGUUAUUAUUAAUAUCAACAAAAAACUUGGUUUGAAAUACGCAGCAAAUGGAGUUUUUAGAAAACUGAGUAGAACAAAAGAAGAACAAGACUUUAACUCAAAUACUUAUCAGUUCUUAGGUGUAUGGGAAGAUGCUUUAAGACUCUGGGAAAAGAAAUUAACAAUAAUGCCAAAUAAUGUCAUUUUACUUAACAACAAAAUGACUUGUUUAGAAUAUUUGUCACGUUUUAAAGAUUUAGAAAUUUGUUCACGAGGAUUUAGUAAUAAAUUCUCAGCAGUUGCAGCUUAUGGUAAUGGGAAACUUGAUGAUUUCAUGCUUCACAUGAAGAAUGUUAAUUUAACACCAGAAACAUCAUUUUUACAUGCAAUUUAUAAUUUCUUGAAUAAUGAUUAUGAAAAAACAAAAGAAUGUAUCAAAAUUUUCAUAAAUACAAAUGUUGAAAACACAUUCCCUGUUUUAAGUGGAGAUUUCGAACGUUCUUACCAUGAUUUCGUUCAAAUGACACUUGUUGUUGAACUAAUGGAAAUUGUAGAACUCAAAGAACUCGAAGGAACUUCAUUUUACGAAAAAAGAAAAGAAAGAAUCAUGAAGAACUGGGAUUACAGAUUAAAACAAGUUUCUUUCAAUGGACAAAGUGAUUAUUUCAGUUUGUUGCAGAUCAGAUCGUUGUAUUUCAAGAAAGAAGAGAUGAACAAGUAUUGGACAGAUUUCUUGAAUACAACAAUCAAACAAGGACAAACACAAAUUGCUUUGAUCGCUUUGGAAAAACUUCCAAAAGAAGAAGCAGAAACAAUUUUCUUGAAGUCAGAAAUGGCUCUUUAUUCAGGAAAAGUUGAUGAAAUGAUUGAAGGAUCAUUAAAAGCAUUAGAACUUUGUGAUAACAAGUCUAAUUUGUAUUGUAAGAUCUCGAAAUCUCUUGGAAGAGUUUAUUUGAACAAAGGUUGUUUGAAAGAAUCUUUUGAACACACUAAAAACGCUUUGAAUCUUUCGAAAUACAAUUUCAAAAUUUGGAAAUUGUGGAGCGAUGUAAAUAUUGCUAUUUUCGAACAAAGCGGAUAUAAAGACAAAGAUUCCUUAAAAGCAACUUUGGAAGGUUUGAUGAUGGUAUUAAGUUUGAAUCCUCCUGUUCCAAUGCAUUCUAUUUUACGUGUUUUCUCUAUUUUGUUCAAAUACGGAAACACAGAAAUAUACGACCUGUUUCGAAAGCAUCUUCCAAAUGUUCCUUGCCAAUACAUUGCAGAGCAUUUGCCACAGAUAACAGCAAAACUAAGUUAUGACAGUGAUCUCGACAAACUUUUAGUUGACACAUUAACAUAUAUUGGAAAUAAUCAUCCGAAUGUUGUUUUGCAAGCGAUAUCAGUGAGUUUUCCUUAUCAAGUUGACAGAAGUGAGAUCAUUAAAACAGUUAUCCAGAAGUUGAAGAUGUCACAUCACACACUUGUUGAAGAUUCAAGGAUCUGCCGAAAUGAACUUGUUCGUGUUGCAUCAUCAUGGUUUGAAAUAUGGUGUUAUGCUAUUGAUGAAAGUUCACGUUUAUAUCUUCAUCAAAAUGAUCCUAAAUCAGCAGCAAAACUUCUUUUGCAACAUCAUGAUAAGAUAUCAAAUCCACCACAGUCAUUCCUGGAACUGUCAUUCAAAGCACAGUUUGCAGCAACACUGUCAAAAGCACACACACUCACACAGUGUUAUUUCGAAGGUAAGAGUGGAAUUGAAUCAUUCCAUCUUGCAUGGCAGUUUUACACAGGAAUAUAUACAUCACUUCAGAACCAAGCACAAAGUAUCAAGAGUGUUAUCCUCGAAGAUGCAUCUCCAUCUCUUGCUUCAUUCAAGAGUUCUCUUAUUUGUGUUCCAGGGACAUACAAAUUCCAUGGUCCCAACAUCGGAAUCAAUUCAUUCGAUCCAGUGAUGAAUGUCUUCACAUCAAAACAACGUCCUCGCGCAGUUUCGAUCAACGCAACAGAUGGAAACAAGUACAAGUUCCUCCUUAAAGCGAAUGAAGACACUCGCCUCGAUCAACGCGUUGUCCAACUUCUUACAUUUGUUAACACAAUCAUGGCAUCAGCGAUGGCAGGGAAUCUCACUACAUAUUCUAUUCUUCCUCUUGCUCCUAAUGUCGGAUUAAUCGGAUGGGUUCGUGAUUCAACAACAAUAUAUGAACUUAUGCGUGACUACCGAGAGCGGAGGAAGAUUCCAUUGAAUGUCGAGAUCAACAACACUCUUCAGAUGUGUCCUAAUUUCGAACAACUUCCUGCGAUCGAAAGGAAAGAGAGUUUCGAAUUCGGUCUUUCAAAGACUAAAGGUGAUGAUCUCCAACAAAUCAUCCUCGUUAACUCUAGUGACAGUUCUAACUGGGUUAGUCGACGCCUUGUCUACACAGAGAGUCUUGCAGCAACAUCGAUGGUUGGAUACAUCUUAGGACUUGGCGACAGACAUCCAGGAAACAUCAUGAUGUGUGUUAAGACAGGCAAACUUUUACAUAUCGAUUUCGGAGACUGUUUCGAAGUUGCACAACAUAGAGAACACUAUCCAGAAACAGUUCCUUUCAGAUUAACAAGAGUUUUCGUUAAUGCACUCGAAAUUGCUAAAGUCGAAGGAACUCUUCGCCAGUGUUCAAUCAAUGUCAUGAACUUGCUCCGUCUCCACAAAGACACGAUUAGUGGACUUCUUGAGACAUUCGUUCAUGAUCCUCUUCUGAUGGGAACUGCGAAGAUGUCUGAAGAGAAACAACCAGAUGUCCUUAUCAGACGAAUUGUUGCAAAACUUACAGGAGACGAUUUCCCGGACAAAGGAAAUCUCUGUGUUGAACAACAAGUCGACACACUCAUAUCAGAAGCAACAAGCACACUGAAUAUCUGCAUGAUGUUCAAAGGAUGGCGUCCAUGGUGGUAA